GCAGUGAUGUCCAGCCGCAGAAUCGAAUGUAUUUUCUUCAGCGAAUUCCAUCCGACUCUCGGCCCGAAAAUCAGCUACCAGGUACCUGAGGAAUACAUCUCUCGGGAGCUCUUUGACACGGUGCAGGUGUACAUUAUCACCAAACCAGAACUGCAGAACAAACUCAUCACAGUGACCGCCAUGGACAAGAAGCUGAUUGGCUGCCCAGUGUGUAUCGAGCACAAGAAGUAUAGCCGCAACGCUCUGCUUUUCAACCUGGGCUUCGUGUGUGAUGCCCGGGCUAAGACGUGCGCCCUGGAGCCCAUUGUGAAGAAGCUGGCCGGGUACCUGAAGACACUAGAGCUGGAGACGGGAUUUAUCUCCAAUGAGGACAGCAAGCAGAGACUGGUGCCCAUAAUGACCUACCUGCGGAAGGAGCUGAACACGACCGGGGAGUGCUCGCUGCCCAUAGAUGAAAGUAACACCAUGCACCUGAAGGUGAUCGAGCUGCGUGCGGCGCCCCCUACUGCGCAGGAGUAUGACGUCCCCGUGUUCACUGAAGACAAGGAAGAAUUCUCCAAUGCACAAUGGGAUAUAACAACACAACAGAUUCUCCCGUACAUCGAUGGGUUCCGCCACAUCCAGAAGAUCUCCGCGGAGGCGGAUGUGGAGCUGAACCUUGUGCGGAUCGCCAUCCAGAACCUCAUGUAUUACGGCGUUGUGACUUUAGUAUCCAUAUUCCAGUAUUCGAACGUUUACUGCACCACACCCCGUGUCCAGGAGCUCAUCCAUGACAAGGCGCUGCAGGACGAAUGUGUGUCUUAUGUCAGCAAGCCGGGUCUGAAGCGGCCGAGUCUCCGCGACGUCUUCCAGUUGUACUGCGGCCUCAGUCCGGGUACCACUGUGCGCGAUCUCAUCGCCCGACACACGCAGCAGCUGCAGAGAGUGGACGAGCGGUCAGUGGGUCCCUUAUGUCUGUGCUCCCCGUGUGUCCGAGAAUUUCCCUUCCUCACCCUCCAAAGAACUGAACUCCAAUAA